CUUCUGCACUCGCCCGGCCGAGGUUGUUCAAUUUUGAUAAUUUUUGGUCUUCCCACAAACGUAUAAAAUCCUUCUGUGGUUCUGACGGGUUUUCCCACUCCAAGAUUUAUUUCCUGCUUUCCCACUGAUUCCGAAAGGAAACACCCCCAGGUUCAACCCUCUAUCCUCACCAUCCUCAUUGAUCGCAAUGUUCCUGUCACUCCUCGGCUGGGCUGUAUACAGCCUCGUUCAACACAAACUCUGUUCCCUCGCUGCCAUCCUCAUCCUAACGCUUGCUUACUGGACACGCGCAUACCUGAAAAGUCCCUUCCGUGCCCAGCAGAUCCCUGGCCCAUUUCUGGGCAAGUUCACGAAUGCCUAUCGCUGGUACUAUAUCAUGCGUCACACCUGGCAUAGGGACUUGAUGGACCUGCACAAGAAGUAUGGCCCAAUCGUGUGGAUUGCGCCGAAUGAAAUCUCGGUCUCGGAUCCUAGUCUCAGGAAUGUGAUCUACGGCUUUCAAAAUCAUAAGAAGGACUUUACCUUCUUCAGAAAAUCGCCCUCGUACGAGACCGGAUCUAUCAAUCAGGAUUUUAGCUUUAUUUUCGAGCAAGAUCCUGAGAGGGCUCGGCUGGGAAAGUAUCAUAUGUCCCAUUUUUACUCGGAACAGGGGUUGCUGAAUCUUGAGGAAAAUUUUGAUAAGGUUUUCUUUCCUCCCCUUUUCUCUCUCCUGAUUGGUUGGGAUCUUUUAUGUUGACUCUUGCGGAAAGGCCGUGGAUGAAUUGAUUGAAGGUCUUGACAAACAUCACGUAAAGACCGGGACUCCUUGCAAGAUGGUUGAUUGGGCAGAGUUUUUCGCCUUGGACCUGGUUGCACAGAUCACGGCGGACCAAUCUGCGGGAUUUUGCCUUGCCGGUAAAGAUGUCAAUGACACGGCUUACGGAACGAGGGUUAUCAUCAAGACUGUCGGUUCUCUUAUGCCGUUGCCAUGGGUAUUGACGGCUACUUCCCGUGCCAUCCGUCAGACUCUUUUGCUCAGGUUUUUGAUCAAUCUUUACCGCAAUGUGUUGCUCUUGCCGACUUUUGCCUUCGAUACUGGGGCCGUGAGUGCUCUUCAUGAUAUUGGGUUGAGGAAUAAUGACUAACCGUUAGUGGUUAGGCGGAUCUUAUAUCCCUUAAAGACAGGAAUCCCAAACACCUAUUGGCCAAGUUUUAUAAUGCGCAGAGCAAUAUGAGGGAGCAUUAUCCUAAUGGCAACCAAGCCGAGGGCACGACCAUUCAAAUCUUCAACUUGAUGUAUGCGAUCUGUCUCCUCCACGUUCAGUCUUUCACAAAACUAACGGCCAUCCCACAGUGCUGGUGCAGUGGGCGUGGUCCCGCAUACCCAAGUGAAGUUAAUCCAUGAACUUACCCUUCACCCGGAAGUCCUACAAAAAAUUCGCGAGGAGCUCCAAACAACAGGCGACACUUUUCGCCUUGAAGACUACCUUCCCUACAACAACCGCCAAAACAAGUACCCGAUCUUCGAAUCUGCUGUGCGCGAAGCUGUCCGUCUCUGGCCCGCCGUCGCCUUCUCCCUGUCCCGCGUGGUCCCCCCAUCUGGCUGCCAACUCCAUCAGUACCACAUCCCGCCGGGUUAUAACGUUGGCAUGGCUGCUUACCAGGUUAACUACGACGAGGGUUACUUUGGCUCGGACGUAGCUCAGUUCCGCCCGGAGCGCUGGUUGGAAGACCAUCCAACCCAGAUGCUCGGAGGUGAAAAGCGCAGUAUGAAGAACUACAUCGAAGCCGGCUGGCUCACUUUUGGCUCUGGCGGGAGAGUGUGCAUUGGGAGACAUCUCGCCAUGUUCAUGAUGAUGAAGUUCACUGCUGCUGUGGUUCGCGAGUUUGAUAUUCGUGUUGUCAAGCAACCGGUGGAGUAUCAUACGCUUAUGACUGAGAUGCUGGGAAUGGAGGUCUUGCUUAGCAGGAAGCGUGCUGUUUGAGCUAGUCAGCAUGAUAGGUAAAUAGGGUGUACGUAUGGUAGAUGGAUGGUUGAUGGCUAAUGUGUAUUUCUUUCUCUCUCAUGGGGUUUCGGGUCCACUCUCAUUUUCUUUCUCUAUAUUAUUAGAGGGUGGGUUUUGUGUUUGUUCGUUGCACUGGGCAUGGGGAGUUCUGCUUCCUUUUUUUAUAUUUCGUUUUUAUUAUUAUUGUCUAUCCACCCAUAUACUUGUCUGUCCUUGAACAGCGCUGGAGGAGCCGGGUGGGAAUUGUAUAUGCUUUUUUUACAUUCUCUUUGGAUAUAUUACACUCGCUUCUUCGCUGCUGCAUUACCUCGCCCCUCACAGGCAUAGUGCCACAUCAUAACUCUGAGACCCAAGUCACUCGAUAAAGCGUUGGGUAGAUAUGGGACUCGGCUGCACGCAGGAUGCAGAACGAGUGGGGUUUAUCGUGGCAAAGCAAAGCCAAGGGAAGGGAUGAAGUACGGCAGGGUAGCUAGGUGGACAACGGACGAAUUAGACGAGUGAUAUUACGUGAUUGUGCUUAUGUUGGGGGAUCAAACGAAAAGGCCAAUGCUUUUCUCACAUGCUGAGUGCUGGGGUGGUAGAUUCUACGUUGAUUGGUGAAGGGAAAUUAUCCAAAUGAAAUAAGACAGAACAUUCGAUAC